GUGUGCGAGCCAGGCCGAGCGGCCUGGGCUUUGCGGGCGGUGCGGCGGGCCCGGCAGGUCGGGGUGCGCGGCAUUCCCGCGCAGCGCCUCGCGGGCCAAGGCGUUCCGGGGGGGCUCAGGCAUGUGACUUUCACCCUUGGACUCUUUCAAGGUAUUAAAAGUUACAGUGUGUAUCUGAGGUGGCAGUGUGAACAGAGGAAGUACUGGGACCUGUGAACACACCUGUCAGGAACCAAAACGUUAGAAAUGGAGCAGCAGUUCAUGUUGUGCAGUGAAGAGCAGGAACCCAGUCGAGCCCACGAUGAGGAUGCCGAGCUGAUCUUUGUAGGGGUUGAGCAUGUAAAUGAAGACGCUGAACUGAUAUUUGUUGGAAAGACUUCAAAUUCAAAACCUGCUAAUUCGAACAUUUUGAACAGAGUCACCCCAGGUUCACGUUUAAAAAGAAAGCGAAACAGCCUUAGAAAAGUGACUACUGAAAGGCUACAGCCCUCAAGCCCUGCAGCCCCCGCAUCAGAGACAGUGAUUGUCUUGCCGGCAUCUCCUGCCGAGUCAAGAUCGACAGAUAGUCCUAUUAUUAUUGAGCCUUUGUCUGAACCUGAUUAUAGAAGUAAUUCACCACAAGUUGUGCCUGGUAGCUCUUCAAAGGGUUCCCCUUUGGUUACAAUCUCAAGUUCAAAGCAUAGUCCAGUAAGAGCAGCACUUUCUGUAGGAGGUUGGAACGAAAGUUCUUCUGCAUUGAAGCGCCAUUCCACUUCUGAGGUGACUGUCAUUAACCCGCAGAAGCCUGAUUUUAUUAUAGAAAUUGUAGAAGAACAUUCUUCAGCAUCGUCCUCUUCUGGUACUUUCCAUACCUCAAAUCCUCAACCGAGUGCACCCUCCAGUGAUGUUCCCAAAUCAGUAAACCGUGUUGUGAAUGGAGCACCUCUCUCAGAGAACUCUAUCUACAUCAGCCCUACAAGUGUACACCCUCGCUAUGAAAAUGGGUUGGUGAAAGUGGGCUUUUCAAGUCCAGCGAGUCAAGGGACCUUUGAUCCCAAGAAAGGAAGUUUGACUUUGUCACUUAGUGACUUUUAUUAUGGUCAGCAUAAAGGAGAUGGGCAGCCAGAACAGAAGACUCACACAAUCUUCAAAUGCCCCAACUGUUUGAAAGCUCUCAAAAAUGUCAAAUUUAUGAACCACACCAAGCAUCAUUUGGAAUUUGAGAGGCAGGGGAAUGACGGCUGGGAGAACCAUACCACCUGCCAGCACUGCCAUCGGCAGUUCGCCUCUCCCAUCCAGCUGGAGUUCCACGUCGACCGUGUGCACAUCGCCCCUGACCCCACCAUGGUCUGCAAAAUCUGUGAAUUGUCGUUUGAAACAGAUCAAGUUCUUCUAGAGCACAUGAAGGACAAUCAUAAGCCCGGGGAAAUGCCCUAUGUGUGCCAGAUCUGUAACUACAGGUCGUCUGUCUUUGCUGAUGUGGAAACACAUUUUAGAAAGUGCCAUGUCAACACUAAGAACCUACUGUGUCCAUUUUGUCUUAAAAUUUUCAAAACCGGAACACCGUACAUGUGUCACUAUAGGGGGCACUGGGAAAGGAACGGUCACCAGUGUUCCAAAUGUCGGCUACAGUUUUUAACUUUCAAGGAAAAAAUGGAGCAUAAGACCCGGUGUCACCAAAUGUUUAAGAAACCUAAGCCGCUAGAAGGGUUGCCUCCCGAGACGAAGGUUGUUAUCCAGGUCUCGGUGGAUCCUGUUCAGUCAGAAUCUGGGAAAGUAGCAUCGGUCACUGUGAGCACAACUGACUGGGAACCGCCUUCCCCCCGAUCUCAAGGUAAACCUUCAAAAAGGUCCCAUUAAUUCAAAUCUAAGUCAGAACCCAGAACCCUUCAGAGAGAUGAGAGGACAGACUAUACAUUUCUUAUUCGUCAGGACCCAAGACUGAUGAAGAAAUGGACUCUUUUUUCUUUAAUUUUGUGAUAAUGCAGGGUUUUUGUUUGUUCGU